AAUUUUCAAGAGGAAGGGUCCUGGGUCUAGAAAUUUUUCAAGCUUUUUUUUCGAGCUACCAACCACAGUUUUUCAUCCUUCCAUUGAAAUACAACUGUGCGCCCACUCUCGUCUUUCAUCUUUCUUCAUCCUCACCUCUUUCAUUAAUUCACAAGAUUCGCAUAUCUUUUCACAUUCAAUCACUCAAUCUUCACACCUCGUCGUUACAAUGGGCAAGGUUAAGCAAGCAAAUGGCAAAGCCGCCAAGGCUGCCAAUCCUCUCACUGCCGUGAAGAAUGCCGGCAUCAAGAAAUCCACUGACAGCCCCAAGGCUAAGUCCAAGGCACUCGCUAAGGACGUCGCUUCCAAGGCCGUUAACAAGAAGGAGCUCGAGAAGAAGACGAAGAAGAAGGUUGUAGAGCCUGAAUCCGAAUCUGAUUCCGAGUCCGAGGCUGACUCUGACUCUGACUCUGCUUCUGAGGACUCCGAAUCUGAGGAUGCUUCUGGCUCUUCAGAUGAUGACUCUGAUGCCUCUGAGUCUGAGGAAGAGAAGCCUGCUGCUAAGGCACAGGCCAACGGCAAGGUUAACGGCAAGACUAACGGCAAGGCUACCAAGCCAGUCACGAAUGGCAAGGCCAAGCCCGCCAAGAAGGAAUCCUCUGACUCUUCUGAUUCUUCCAACGAGGAGGAUGACAGCGAUGACAGCGACGACAGCGAAGAUGGUGGCGCUGCUGCUACCAAGUCUGCUAAGCCUGCCGCUGCUGUCGCAGAAAAGGCCAAGGCUAAGGAAGAGUCCGACGAAGACUCUGACGCCUCUGACGACUCUGAUUCUUCCGAGGAAGAGAAGGAUUCCGACGACUCUGACGAUUCCAGCGAGGAUUCUGAAGAGGCCGAGAAGAAGUCUGAGCAACCCAAGAAGCGCAAGGCUGAAGAGGAGGUAUCUACACCUUUCAAGAAGUCCAAGACCGAGACUUCUGAGGACGAGUACACCACCCUCUUCGUUGGAAAUCUUGGCUGGGCUGUAGAUGACGACAAGCUGUACGAAACAUUCAAGGAGUUUGCCGACCUUACCAGCGCCCGAGUUGUCACUGACAAGCAAAUGCAACGCUCUCGAGGCUUCGGAUAUGUCGACUUCUCAACUCAUGAGGGUGCCAAGACCGCUUUCGAGAAGAUGAACGGUUUUGAGCUUGAAGGUCGUGGAUUGAGACUCGACCCCUCCAAGCCCCGCCCCGCUGAUGACGCCACUCCCAAUGCCCGUGCCCAAGACAGAGCUCGACAGCACGGAGAUACCGUCAGUGCGGAAAGCGACACCUUGUUCGUCGGCAACCUGCCGUGGGAUGCUGAUGAGGACUCCGUGGCUACAUUCUUCGGCGAGGUCGCAGAAGUCAAGAGUGUCCGACUUCCUACCGAUCCUGAAUCUGGAAACCGAAAGGGCUUCGGCUACGUCAGUUUCAACUCGGUCGAGGAGGCCAAGAGCGCGUUCAACGCGAAGAACGGUGCUUAUGUCGGCGAGGGACGAGGUGCUCGUGCCGUCCGCCUUGACUUUGCCAGCCAGAGACCUCCUCGUGAUGGUAACUCCGGCGGUCGUGGUGGCUUUGGCGGCCGAGGUGGUGGCCGUGGUGGUGGCCGCGGUGGUUUCGGUGGACGCGGUGGUGGUCGCGGCGGCGGUGGACGAGGUGGUGGCUUUGGCAAUUCCGCUCGGGGUGGCAUGCGACAGUUUGAGGGCAAGAAGAUCACUUUCUAAAGUGAUGUAGCCGCACAUGACAGUUCCAUCUGAGGGCUCCUUGAUACGACGGUUGGCUUAGUGGGUUUGUCGGCUUCUCCAAAACUAUA